CUGUACCCACUCUGGGAAAGAGAGCGGCGGGUGAUAAGUGCAGGGCGCUGGGUCAGUUCACUAUCACCCGGGCUGCCCCGCCCCCCGACAGCUCCUGAGUGACAGCUGUCACCUCUCUCUGCAGGUGCCCGGGAUCAGGGUGCAGCCCACCAUGAGAACCAACAGGGUAUACAAGCUGGUCAUCCACAAGAAGGGCUUUGGGGGCAGCGAUGAUGAACUAGUAAUAAAUCCUAAAGUUUUCCCUCAUAUCAAGCUGGGAGAUAUUGUAGAGAUUGCCCAUCCCAAUGAUGAAUACAGCCCUCUUCUACUGCAGGUAAAGUCACUAAAGGAAGAUUUACAGAAAGAGACGGUGAGCGUUGAUCAGACAGUGACUCAAGUAUUUCGGCUAAGAGCUUAUCAAGAUGUUUACAUCAAUGUGGUUGAUCCAAAGGAUGUGACACUUGACCUAGUGGAGCUAACCUUUAAGGAUCAGUACAUAGGACGUGGAGACAUGUGGAGACUAAAGAAGAGUUUGGUGAGCUCUUGUGCCUACAUUACCCAGAAAGUGGAGUUUGCUGGAAUCAGAGCCCAGGCAGGGGAAUUAUGGGUUAAGAGUGAGAAGGUCACCUGUGGAUACAUCAGUGAGGACACCCGGGUAGUGUUCCGUUCCACCUCUGCCAUGGUUUAUAUAUUUAUACAGAUGAGCUGUGAGAUGUGGGACUUUGAUAUAUAUGGAGAUCUGUACUUUGAAAAGGCUGUCAAUGGAUUCCUUGCAGAUCUCUUCAACAAGUGGAAGGAGAAGAACUGCAGUCAUGAGGUUACUGUUGUACUCUUUUCUAGAACAUUUUAUGAUGCAAAAUCCCUAGAAGAAUUUCCGGAAGCCCAUCGCAAUAAUCCCACCAUUUUACAGGAUCACAUGGGCAGAUUCUAUGAAGACUUCUACAAGGUGGUGGUACAGAAUGAAAGACGAGAGGAAUGGACUUCACUGCUAGUAACUGUUAAGAAACUUUUCAUCCAGUACCCUGAGCUUGUGCGACUGAAAAAUGCAGAAUCCUUUCCACCAGGAUACAACUCAACAUCUGACCAAGGAAACUAUCUCGAAGCCAUUAAUCUAUCCUUCAAUGUGUUUGACAAGCAUUAUAUAAACCGAAACUUUGACCGGACAGGACAAAUGUCAGUGGUCAUCACUCCAGGUGUUGGGGUAUUCCAGGUCGACAGGUCUCUCAUGAUUCUUACCAAGCAACGCAUGAUCGAUAAUGGGAUUGGCGUAGAUCUAGUGUGUAUGGGAGAACAGCCUCUUCAUGCUGUACCACUCUUCAAGUUGCACAAUAAGAGCAGUUCUGGAGACUCUCGCCUUGUAGAUGACUAUAACAUCCCACACUGGAUCAAUCACAGUUUCUACACAUCACAGAGUCAAUCCAUGAAUAGCUGCUUUACCCCACGCAUCAAGUUGGCACCUCGGAGGGUGUCCAGUGAGAGGGGGAGGAUUGGAAGAGAGUCUUCCCUGGGAAGCCCUAAAGAGACUGAGAAUGCUCUACCUAUACAAGUAGACUAUGAUGCCUAUGAUUCUUUGGUGUUUCGAUUGCCUGGUCCAUCUAGAGCACAGCGUCCUACAACCUUCAGGCCUGUGAGAGAGACUCAGACACGGAAGAGCUCUUGUUCUUAUGAUGCAUCCUGCAGCCCAUCACAGCAGAGUCGUCCCUUUCCAGCUGAAGAGGGACGGAGCCAAACAUCAGAUGAAAGUUCUUUGGGCAAAAUCUCCAACAUUCUGCUCAUUCCUCGCCCACAUCUCCAUCAGUAUGAAGCCAGUAGCUCUCUGGGCUAUACUAGUAAUAGAGAUUUUUUAGAAAGGAUGAUGGAAUCUCAACAGCGAGACUCAAGUGCACCUGGCAGAUUCCAUGUGGGAAGUGCAGAAUCAAUGCUGCACAUCCGCCCUGGAGGAUACCAUCCACAGAGAGCGCUUAUCAACCCUUUUGCUCCAUCACGAAUGCCGAUGAAGCUAACAUCUAAUAGACGGAGAUGGAUGCAUACAUUCCCUGUGGGACCUUCUGGAGAAGCAAUACAAAUACAUCAUCAAACACGCCAGAACAUGGCAGACCUACAAGGGAGUGGACAGAGAGAAUUUGUUCACUCCUCAGCAGAGCUUCUUGAGCUGGCAUACCAUGAAGCUACAGGGAGACAUGGAGGUCCUCGAACUCCAUUGGACACAAGCUCCUGUGGAAGCACUGAUGAAUUCUCUGGAGGUACAACAAUGAAUGGGCAAAAGAUCCCUAGUACAGCUACUAACCUUAAAGAGAAGGAAUCUCCUGAUGAGAACCUGCUCUGCUGUCCUGAACCUAUUUUGAUGCUGUCUGCUCCCCCCAUAGUGCCUGGCUUCUGCUGCACAGUUGGGGUGGAUUGGAAGUCCCUUACUACCCCAGCCUGCCUACCGCUCACCACUGACUACUUCCCGGACAGGCAGAGCCUACAGAAUGAUUAUACAGAAGGCUGCUAUGACUUGCUACCGGAGGCUGAUCUGGACAGUAGACGUGAUGAAGAAGGCACUCAGAUGACAGCCCAGCAGGUAUUUGAGGAAUUUAUAUGCCAACGACUCAUGCAGGGCUACCAAAUAAUCGUUCAGCCAAAGAAACCAAAACCUACCUCUUCUGCUCAACCUCCACUCAGCAGCAGCCCCCUCUAUAGGCGAGGGUUGGUGUCCCGAAACCGCCCAGAAGAAGAGAAUCAAUACUGGCUUAGUAUAGGAAGGACGUUUCAUAAGGUGACAUUCAAAGACAAGAUAAUCACAGUUACAAGAUACCUGCCAAAAUAUCCUUAUGAAUCUGCCCAAAUCAGUUAUACAUACAACUUGUGUCCCUCACAUUCUGAAAAGGACUUUGUGUCUAGCUGGGUAGAAUUCUCCCAUGAGCGGUUAGAGGACUACAAAUGGAACUAUUUGGACCAAUACAUAUGCUCUGCAGGGUCAGAAGAUUUCAGUCUGAUUGAGUCGCUAAAAUUUUGGCGCACACGUUUCCUGCUACUUCCCUCUUGUGUGGGGCCUACAAAGCGGAUCACUGAAGGAGAGCAACGAUGUGAUCUGUAUGGAGAUCGGCCUAGAUCUGAACAAGAGGAAGGUCAAUUGUUGGAUGGCUUCUUACGGUUUGUGGAGGGACUCAAUCGCAUUCGAAGACGUCACAGAUCAGAUCGAAUGAUUAGGAAGGGAGCAGGUAUGAAAGGAUUACCGCUUCCUCCUCAUCCGCCAGAACCUCCAGGACCUCCAGUUGGAAAGAAAGGAACAUCUGCACUAUCAGCUUUACUAGAGAUGGAGGCAAAUCAAAAAAAUUUAGGGGAGCAGCAAUCUUUAGUCCAUUCUGGGAAAGCAUCAUGUCAGGCCACAGACCCUGUUGUUACUCCAACAUAUGUUGACAGCCCUCGCAAGGACGGGGCCUUUUUUAUGGAUUUUAUACGCAGUCCACGCACCGCACCAUCCUUCAACCCACAGAUUUCUGUUGACCAGAGUGCAUCUCCCUACACUGAUGGGAAUAAUGCUCUUGUUACAAACAAUACCUCUCAGGAGAGAACAAUUAACCAGAUUGGGAACAUAGAACAGCAGCUUCCCUCAGCCGAGUCGAGUGUGUCACAGGUGUCUGGUGGUCCAAGCACACUACCUUCCAGUGCCAGUUUAAGUGAGAUCUUGGAAGCUAUGAAACAUCCCACUACAGGUAUUCCACUGCUGUCUGAACAGAAGGGUCUGCCUUCAUGCUGCUUUAUCAGUGCUGAGGUUGUGCAUUGGCUGGUCAAUAACAUAAGCUGGGUACAGAGUCAAGUGAUGGCCAUGGACAUCAUGCAAAAAAUGCUAGAGGAACAGUACAUAAUGCAUGCUUCUGGAGAAGCCCUAAGAACCUUCAUCUAUGGAUUUUACCUUUAUAGAAUUUCUCCUGAAAAAGAUACGGACAAAGCUGCACCAAACCUGACACAACCGAGCACCUGGCAUUCCGCUGCAAUGGAAGAUUUUACUGCUUUCCAACGGAGAUGGUUUGAGGUGGCACUAGUGGAAGAAGAGCUACUACAUUCAGAAAUUCCACCAUUUUUGUUACCUUGGUUGCCCAGUCGGCCUGCAUCAUAUGCAAGUAGGCACAGCUCUUUCAGCCGCAGCUUCGGAGGAAGGAGCCAGGCCGCAGCGCUGCUAGCUUCUACCGUACCAGAACAGAGGACUGUAACUUUGGAUGUGGAUGUAAACAACCGUACUGACCGGCUGGAGUGGUGUAGCUGUUAUUACCAUGGAAAUUUCUCCUUGACUGCUGCCUUUGAGGUUAAGCUACACUGGAUGGCCGCAACAGCUGCUGUGCUUUUUGAAAUGGUGCAGGGUUGGCACAGAAAGGCUACUUCUUGCGGUUUUCUACUCGUGCCCGUUCUCGAGGGUCCAUUUGCUUUACCAAGUUAUUUGUAUGGUGAUCCACUGAGAGCUCAGCUCUUCAUUCCUCUCAACAUUAACUGUUUGCUAAAAGCAGAGAGUGACCAUCUCUUUGAAGGUUUCGAACCAGAGACGUAUUGGGAGCGAAUGCACCUGUUCCAGGAAGUGAUUGCAUAUCGAUUUGGCUUCAUUCAAGAUAAAUAUUCAGCAUCUGCAUUCAAUUUUCCAUCUGAAAAUAAACCCCAGUACAUCCAUGUAACAGGUACUGUGUUCUUACAACUUCCAUAUUCUAAGCGCAAAUAUUCUUCCGGUCAACAAAGACGAAGGAGAAAUUCUACAAGCUCCUCAACCCAGAGCCUAUUUGGUGAAGAAAGAAUAGGAUACCACUGGGCCUAUAAUACCAUGCUCACCAAAACCUGGCGCUCUAGUGGCACAGGAGACGAGCGUUUUGCGGAUCGCUUGCUAAAGGACUUCACAGACUUUUGUGCUAACCGUGAUAAUAGACUUGCAGCCUUUUGGGCCAGCUGCCUGGAAAAAAUGAGUGAACCCUGAAUAUUGUUGCUUUGCUGAACCUGAUAUUGUGCUUGAAUUUUGCUAUUCUUUGGAUUUGAUUUAGGGGAUGAUUUACAUCAAGUGCUUGUUUUAGGUUGUAUUUCCAUUUGGCAGUUUUUCUGAAAACAGCCACUGCUGUUUUUGAGCCAAAGCCUGGAUAGGAUUAAAAAGGGAUGGGAAAUAUAAAGGAAGGAUCUACACUUUCCUUCCUCAUGGUUCCACUUCUGACUUUUGAGUUGAAGUAGAAACACAGCCUUACUGCAGCUUUGUAAGUCUAUAUCGUUCUAGGAAAAUGAAAAUGUUUGCCUAAAAUGAAUCCAUGUUAAGGGGGGUUAUUCCAAGAUUUCAAAAUUUCCCCUUUCCACUGGAUAGGGAAUAACCAGCAAAUUAGUGGGCUAUGACUGCUGGGACCUUCACCAAUCCUGAAUACAUAGGUCAGUUGUCCCUCCAAGUGAAUGGAGUGGUAAUGCGUAUGCUUGGCCACCACUCUACUCAUUUUCAUACAUUACCAAUCGCUGAACUCUUAUGUUCCGAAGUCCCAUAGAGAGUGAAUGAAGCAGUGGCCGAGCACAUGUACUGCCACUCCAUUAAUUUAGGGGACUAUUGACCUCCAUUCUUAGGAUCGGUGAAGGUCCCAAUAGUCAGAACCCCCAUUGAUUUACUUGUUUUUACCUAUACUGUGGUAAGGGAAUACCUUCUAGGCCAGGUUCACACUACGGAAUUUCCAACCGGAAUUCCUAUUCUGAAUUUCGGUCGGAAAUUCCACUGCCUGAAGGCAAAAUACAGAUAUAUGGGUGUUCCGUUAACCCAUUCGCACUGAAGAAUUUUCUCGGCGGAAUUUCCGUCACAAAAUUCUGAUCAAAUAAUUCUGCCAGUACAUUGAACCUGCUCAAUGUUUUGGUGGAAUCUACACGGCAGACAUUGGCGUCUCUCAGGACGGCAAUAUCCAUGCGGCCCCCGCGCCAACUGAUUUAGUAAUCGCUGGCCGCAUUAAGAAUCUCCAGCCAGAAAUUUUCCAUCCGAGGAUUCAGUAAGGUGAACCCAGCCUUAGUUUUGAGAUAGCUCCUUUAAACUAGAUAAAAGGUAGCAACAAAGUGAAAGUGCCCACUUAAAACAACAAGCUAUGUUACCUGGUCCCCUGGUUAAGCGUGCAUGUGUUGUUAAUGGAGAGAAAGCAGCUGCUAGACUCCUGGUGUCAGCUUAUUUUUUCAAGACCAAAUCACGUAAAAUCUAAUAUGCCCAAUCCGCUUAUCCUCUAACAUUUGUGGUCAAAGGGAGAGUCAGGAGGCCCCAUACAUAGUAGAUGGUUGGCCAGGUGGGCAAAAUUUGCAGGCUCAACUGACUUAAAGGGGUUAUCCAGGAAUAGAAAGUCAGAGCUGAUUUCUUUCAAUAAUCACGCCCCGUCUGUCUCCAGGUUGGGUGUGGUUCUGCAGCUCCGUUCCAUUGAAGUGAAUGGAGCCAAGUUGUAAUACCACACACAACCUGGGGACAGAUGUGUAGCUGUUUUUGAAAGAAAUUAGCUAUGUUUUUCUAUUCUUGGAUAACCCCUUUAAACGUAAUGUGUAUGGCCAGGAAAAGUAUGUUAGGUAAUGCGUAAUUCUGCAUGAAUCUACGGCACGCAUGUUCUGCAGAAGCAGAGUCCCAUUGAUUUCAAUGGGACUCUGCUGCCCUGUUCACAUGGCAGAAUUUCCGCGCCAGAUGUUUCUGGCACGGAAAUUUCGAUUUCGGCUUCCGCAGAAAGAAUGGACAUGUCUAUACUUUCUGCAGAUUCCACAAGAAAAUGCAUUUCCGAGCGGUUCUGGCGCCGGCAUGUUUUGCCGCCAUUCAGCUGUCUGUGGACACAGCCUUAGACUUAAGCAAGCUUACUCUUUUGUUCUGCCAGAAUAUGAGGGUGUGACAGCAGCAUGUCCCUUACCCUACUAAAAUAUAUGCAGAAGAGAUAGCAGAUGAGCAUACAGCUAACUGUCCUCCCUUGAACAGGCUGCAACUAAACACGUCUAUUUUUGUAAGUGAUCUACUGACGAUAGAUCGGUACUUUAACCUCUGUGAGGACGACCUAUCUGCUCGGAUGGUUGGCCCCAUAUGCAACCCAGAGCAUUUACUUUUGCUGAUGGGGAUACAUGGAGUCAUAUGUCAGCCAGUUCCCCUAUGGGGAAUGGCGGUUUUUUGAAACAUCUAGAUUACCUUCCCAUUAUGGUUUAUCAGCAUGUGUAACAUUUUUGUUUUCUGCCAUGCCUUCUUCUCUGGCUAGUGCCCACCAGGUUUGUCAAUAGGUGGGUUGUAUAGCCUCAAUUUUCCUCGAUUUGCUCAGAAUCACUGGGGAAGAAGUGAGCUGUCUAUACCAGUGUUUUCCAAACAGUGGGGGAUAUUUAUCGAAGGAUUUAGACUGUUUUUUCCUGUCUAAAUUUGUCGCACAGAAAGUCGCAGUCUAAAUAUGUGCGACUUUUUUGUGACUUUUGCACUAGAGGAUUUUUAGAAAAUGAUGCAUGCAAGUCUAUUUUAGACUGAAAUGCAUUGGAAAAUGCAUUGGUGCUGAAUUUAUCAAAAGUGACUUUUCAGCGACAAAGUACGCCAAAAUAUCAGACCAUGCUGGAGCAGGUAUAAAUACAGUCUAAAGCAUAGGUCACGAAGUCCGUGCGCAGAAUUUAUCAAGAGCCGUGCACCUUUUGAUAAAUUAGACGCACAAUAGACCGGCCUAACCCUCUGUAGUUUGGUCUAUAUUGAUGCGGGACAUAGACAACUUUGAUAAUUAUCCCCCAGUGUGUCCCAAGCUGUUGGAAAACUACAAUUUCCAGCAUGCCCGGACAGCCCAAGGCAAGCCAAAACACUAGUCUAGAGGAACUAAUGACUUUGUAGCUGUGUUCCCCAACCUGUGGUUCUCCAGCUGUUGCAAAACUACAACUCCCAUCGUGCAGCUGGGCACAAUGUCAGUUAUAAUUUUAAAAAUUUUGAGGGCAGCGCUGUGUGUCUAAUCUGGCAUUAGUUUAUAUGAAUCCCGCUCAAAGGGGGAGAUUUAUCAAAACCUGCAUAGAGGAAGUGGGGCGGUUGCCUAUAGCAACCAAUCAGAUUGCGUCUCAUUAUUAAAGGGGUCUCUGAAAAAUGAAAGUAGCUAUUUGGUUGCUAUGGGCAACUGCUGCACUCUUCCUCUAUGCAGGUUUUGAUAAAUCUCUCCCAUAGUCUUUUACGGACGUGUACGAUUGGGUGGCAACAGUCAUAUGACUCUAGCUUUAUACUGCGCCAAUGGCCAGGUCUUGUCCAUCAUCUCCUCAAGGUCACGCAUUGUGUGUUAAGAUUUUUGUUUCCAAUUAUUCUGCAGUGUUCAAUGCAGGGCAAUGUGUGCCAGCCUGCUGCUGUGCCAUUCUGUACAUAAUGUGACUGCCCACCUCGUCUUCAAGGUGAGGAUUUUGUGAGAAUAAAAUUCUAACCUAGG